AUGACGAAGCCCUCUGCAAUACCGAAACCGUCGAAGCCCAUGACUCCGGCGGUGAUCAGAUCCCUCCGCACGAAAUGCAGAAAUCGGGUUUCUGCGAUGAUUGACCAAGUCAAUGCAGUCAGAGCAGAGCACCCGAUUGAAGCCAAGCAGGAGGAGCUCGAACCGAUCCUCAUCCAGCUCAAAGAGGCCUUCGAGAAGAUCGAGGCUUAUGACCAACUCAUCUUCGCCCAUGACGAGAUCGAGGAGGAACAGCGACUGAGAGAUAUCGACGAAGUUGAGGACUUGAAUCAGCCAGCGCGCCAAGUAAUAGCCGAGCUCACUGCGGCUUUGAGCCGAAACAGAUCUCCAUCUGCACAUUCAACCCCAAAUGCGUCUACGGCGCAUGAAACCCACGCGCUGGAGCAGGAUGGCCUUGGAGAGACGAGCCGGGCGGCCGAGAGAGCUCCGCAGGUUGUUCUAGCGCGCCCGAAGGCGCUCGACAUUUCUCCGGAAACAUUCAAUGGAGAUCGACUCAAGUUUAGACAGUUCAUCGUUCAGUUUCAAUGCUUCGUGAAGCAAAGGCCAUCCUCCAGUCCAAUGGAGCGCCUCAUGGUCUUGAGAAAAUUCCUCAGCGACGAGCCGAAGCGACUAAUCAGCUCCCUCGAAUUAACCGAUGCGAAUUACGACGUAGCGAUCCGUAUGCUCGAAGACAACUACGCAAGAGUCGAGACGGAGAAACAGAGACUUCUCGCAGAGCUCAGGGGUCUCCCCCGAGUUCACCGGCUUGAUGACACAAAGGCCCUGCGAAGACUUCUGACGAAAGUGCAGGCUCAUGUGCUUACGCUUGAGUCCCAUGGCGUACCGCUCAGCCAACUCGCGCUCUCCCUGAAAUCAUCUCUCGAGUCGGCCAUACCGCCUGAAUUGCGCCAACGAUUCAAAGAGAGCUGCCGUUUGGAGAAGCGUUUCUCUGCCCUCGCCCCUAAUUCGGAAGGUGGAAGUACAUCAAGAUCAUCGCUCCGGAGUCAAAACAAUAACAGUCUAAGUGGCGACAGUGAUUCCAAUGGCGCAGUGGAAGAGAUUGAGCAAUUAUUCGAAUUCUUACGCCGCUACGUGAUCGAUCGUGAGGAUGUCGGAUUCCUUGAUACCGCCACAACGGGUGCCGGUACACGUGAGGAAAAUGAAAGCCGAAGGGGAAAGCAUCUUGAUCGCCGAAAGCACUUCAGCGCAACCGUCGGAGGUGUUUCUCAGAGUGGAGCAGCUACGAGGUUCGUCCGGGCGUGCUUAUUCUGCAAAACCACGGAGCACAAUACUUCUCGGUGCAAGGCAGGGCUCCCCAUCGACCAGCGACGAGACACGCUCACGCAGCAGAAGCGGUGCCACAGAUGCUUCCGUUUUGAGCAUGAAAACCCGGGACAGUGUCGAGGUCCUCGCGCGCCGUGCUCGGUAUGCCGCUCCCGCGAGCAUUAUACGUCCAUGCACGAUGGUGAGGUUCAGGGCCAAGAGAAGGGUGCAUCUGGGGAACCCGUGAGGGGAACGACGUGCGGAGCCGCUCUCGGUGGAGACACUCUCCUUCUCACGACGUCUGCCUACAUAGUGAACGGUGGACUGAGGAUUCCGGUGAGGGUUUUCUUGGACCACGGCAGUAGUUUAACCUUCAUCUCGCCAUCUACCCGUGGACUUCUCAGGACAGAGAGACCGGUUCAUCGGGCGAGUUUAAACGUGCACGGGUUCGCGGCCCAGCAUACCUUCACCACAUCGCGAUACCGGAUUCGUUUGGCAAACCUCGCUGGCGACUACAAUGUUGAGUUGCUUGCUUACGAGUACGAGUUCGGGGUGCAUCCUUCGGAUCAGGGAGCUCGGCGUGCUGCUGAAGCCAUCAGGAGAUUUGGCGAAAGCCAUCCUCUGGCGGAUCCGUCAAUUGUUGAGGAGCAGGCGUCUCCGGCUCCAGACAUCCUGGUUGGCCUGGACCAGCUAUAUAAGAUCAUGUCGAUUGGCUCACGCUCGGAAAGCGUUGUUGGAAAUCUGAGUGCCUUCGAGACCCGGUUUGGUUGGGUUAUUGGAGGACCGGUAACAUCAGAUUCCGCGAAGGCGUCGGCCGGGGUUGCCGCGAUACAUCUGGUCUGCUGCACGGCGACCAUGUCACAGCCGGCCAAGGAUUUGGAGAGACUGUGGGCGCAAGAUACGGUUGGAGAAUCCGGGGAGGCGUCAUUGAGGUCCUUAUCGUCUGAUGAAGCAGAGGCGCUCAAGCAAUUCCACGAUAAUCUGGAACAUGACGGCCGCCAAUACGUCGUCACUCUUCCGAAGAGGGACACCAUCGCGGGUCUCUCUAACAACAUGUCGACGGCUCUCGGACGUCUUGAGAGGAAGAUUGAUCAGCUCCGAAGAGACCAAGCGAAGUACGAGAGAUACCACCACGAGAUCAUGAAGUUCGUAGACGAGGGACACGCCGAAGAGAUUGACUUUUCCGGACCGAGCGAUUCAGACCAGUGCGACGGAACCUACUACAUGGCACACCACGCUGUUGUGUCAACAUCUGACGCUGAUGAAAAAUGGAGGGUGGUGUUCGACUGCUCGGCAAAGGCAAAAGGAGCGUCAUCGUUGAACGACCAUCUCCUGCCUGGGCCGAAUUUGAAUGCUGACCUGGUCACCCUACUCCUAAAUUUUCGUUUGCACCCGAUUGCGGUCUGCUCGGAUAUCGCUCGUGCGUAUAUGAGGAUCGCUGUUACCAAAUCAGACAGCGAUUUUUUCCGUUUCCUCUGGAGACCCCCACGUGAAGAGGCAGUCAAAUGCUACCGAAUGCGCAAGGUCACCUGGGGGGCGGCGCCGAGUGGAUUCCUUCUUGCGGCAACCCUCAGGGAGCAUUUCAGGAGGACCAGCCCAGCCGAGGCGAAAGACCUCAGCGAAUCAUUCUACGCUGACGACUUCGUCAGAAGCUUCGAGAAUUCCAAUGAGGCUAUCGAGUUCACGGACCGCCUGCGAGCAACUCUUUCUCAAGCUGGCAUGUCACUCGCUAAAUGGAAAACAAACUCCAGCGAGGUUAUGCGACACGUCAAUCGCGACGCGCUUCCAUCGCUGAAGGUGCCGGCGCCUGCAGGUAACGUCUUCAAGGUGUGGGGUGUCUCCUGGCUGCCCGCAAAGGACAGGCUUCGCUUCUGUCUAUCACCGCUCGAGGACCGUGCGGGAUCUCAGAGAACGUUGACCAAGCGCAUAGUUCUAAGCUUGGUUGCCUCCAUCUACGAUCCCCUCGGCCUGCUGACACCCUACACACUUCGAGGGAAGAGGAUCGUCCAGAAGUUGUGGUGCGAGGACUUGCAGUGGAACCAGACCGUCGGAGAAGACUUGCGAGCUGAGCUCAUCGAGUGGACAAGGGAGCUCAGGACGCUGAAUGAAUUCGAUCUACCGCGCCGAUAUAACGCUUCAGGCGGAAAACCCUCUUCUUAUCACCUCCACAUAUUCGGCGACGCUUCGCAGGCAGCGUACGCCAGCGUAGCAUACAUCGAAUAUCGGUACGCUGAUGGACACUCGGAUACGGCGUUGGUGAUGAGCAAGUCGAAGCUCGCUCCUAGGAAGCCGACAGCCUCGCACUCCCUCCCGCGGCUUGAGCUAUUAGCAGCGCUCAUGAGCGUUCGACUCAAGGCGUUCCUGACUGAACGUAUGGCGGUUAAAUUCGACGAGGUGACAUUCUACACGGACUCCAUGAUAACAUACUACUGGGCUACAGCAGCUAACCCAGGGAGGUGGAAGACGUUCGUGUCGAAUCGAGUGGGCGAGAUCCAGAGACAGUCGAGAAGUGAACAAUGGCAUUUCGUGCCCGGCGAGCACAAUGUCGCAGACCUAGCCACACGCGGAAUCUCGGCUGGAGCUCUCGUCGGGUCUGCUGAGUGGACAUCCGGACCUGCUUGGAUCCGUCUGCCACGUGAGGAGCGACCAACCUCUCAGCCUAGAGCCGCGGCUGAGAUUGCCGGAACCCCAUCCGUCGAACGCCGCCAGUUUGUUGGCGCUGUGGUGGAAAGCGCGCCCCUCGUCGACUGGGACCGUUUCAGUACAUUCGGGAAGGCGAGGCGAGUUGUCGCGAACGUUCUCAAGUUUCUGAACCUCGUUCGAAGGCGACCGGUUCCCGCCGGAACGCGGCUGACAUCGGAGGCUGAGAUAUUGCUUCUACGGUGGACUCAACGGGAGCACUUCUCGGCAGAGGUGAACGCGACAAAAUCUCAGGAGCGAGUCCCAUCCAGUUCGAAACUCGCUGCGUAUUGUCUCUUCAUUGACGGAGAUGGGCUCCUGAGGGUGAAGACGCGGCUGAGUCAAGCACCACAUCUGAACUACGACGAGAGAAACCCAGUUGUGGUGGCGGGUGAAUCUCGGAUUGCUCGACUGAUGAUUCUGGAGGUACAUCGCAUAAAUGCUCACUUCGGAGUGUCGACUGUUCUUAAUCAUAUUCGACGACGUUUCCUAAUCACUCGGGCCCGGCAGGUCAUCAAAUCUAUGCUGGCCAAGUGCGUGGUUUGCAGGAAGCGACAGGGUGCUCAUGCUGCGCAGAUCGAGGCUCCGCUGCCGGACUAUCGAAGCGAACUCACGACGCCUUUCGCAACUACGGGGGUCGACUUUGUGGACCUUUCCUGA